AGUUUAGCGACUUCUGUUUCAGAGCCGUGAGGGAAGGAGCAGCUUUGAGCGGAGAGAAACCAGAAACACCUGCAGACACAUUUGCCUCUCGAGGCACAACUUUUUUUCCCAUCUUCUUAUGAGCCUGGUCAGUAGUUCUACCUCUUUGACUCUUGGCGUUGUUCUGUGAACUUUUUUUUAUGUGCCUGUGAGUGAACACUGAAAGCCGCCUGAAUGUAUAACAUGAUGGAAACCGAGAUCAAGACCCCGCUCCCGCAGUCCAACUCGGGCUCUGCGCCGGGCGCAAAGAACAACAGUGCCAGCGACCAGGAGCGGGUGAAGCGGCCGAUGAACGCCUUCAUGGUCUGGUCCAGGGGACAACGGAGGAAGAUGGCGCAAGAAAACCCCAAAAUGCACAACUCUGAAAUCAGCAAGCGGCUCGGUGCUGACUGGAAACUUCUGACCGACGCUGAAAAGAGGCCGUUCAUCGACGAGGCCAAGCGUCUACGGGCUAUGCACAUGAAGGAGCAUCCGGAUUAUAAAUACCGUCCCCGCAGGAAGACCAAGACCUUGCUCAAGAAAGACAAGUACUCUUUGCCCGGGGGACUCUUGGCGCCAGGAGCCAGCGCCGUCAACAACUCGGUGUCGGUGGGGCAGCGCAUGGAUGGGUACGCGCACAUGAACGGCUGGUCGAACAGUGCGUAUUCCCUGAUGCAGGACCAGCUGGCCUACCCUCAGCAUCACAGCAUGAACAGCCCGCAGAUCCAGCAGAUGCACCGGUACGAGAUGGCGGGCCUCCAGUACCCGAUGAUGUCUUCGGCGCAGACCUACAUGAACGCGGCUUCCACGUACAGCAUGUCUCCGGCGUACACGCAGCAGACCAGCAGCGCCAUGGGACUGAGCUCCAUGGCGUCCGUGUGCAAGACCGAGCCGAGCUCGCCGCCGCCGGCCAUCACGUCCCACUCUCAGAGGGCGUGUUUGGGGGACCUGAGGGAUAUGAUAAGCAUGUACCUGCCUCCCGGCGGGGACAGCGCGGAGCAUUCCUCCCUGCAGAGCAGCCGGUUACACAGCGUCCAUCCGCACUAUCAGAGCGCAGGGACUGGCGUCAAUGGGACGCUACCUCUCACCCACAUCUGAGAGCUGCAGACAAAAAAAGAGGAAAAAAAACAGACUUGAAACUUUUUUUAAAAAAGUACUUCGGAUACUUGAACUUUUUGGUUGCUAAAGAAACAACGUUCAACAGUUUUUUUGUGUUCGAAAACGAUUUUAUCUCAAUAUGUUUUGAGUUGUUCCAUUUUCAAAUGAUUCUAAAUGGAAGCUGAACGUUGAGCCCGCCAGAGUAAAUUGCAUUGCAAAGAGGCUUUUUAUCACAAGUAUAAGCAAUCAAGUUAUGUAGAAGAAUUGGACUUCUAUAUUUUAAAUAAUGCCAUAUUUUCUCUCUAUGAAAAGGCAUGUGGCCUCGUGAAGGGGCUGGUGUAUUUCAGAAAAGCUGGAUGGAAAAGUUGCUUCAUAAAUGUUUACACUUAAUUUGUAGAAUGUCAGUUGUCUCGACUGUGUCCAAAAUUUUUUGUAGUGUUUUUAUUUUCUCUCCCCCCUCAUGAACUAGGUUAAAUGAAAUGUUAAGACUGUGCGGGUCGCAAACGCAAGUUUUAUUUAUAGUAAGAAUUUUUUUCUUUCUUUUUUUUUUUAGCUUGUGAACCCGAUGUUUUGUCACGUGAAAAUGUUCCAAUUUGUUUUUUGUAAAAUGUUCUGUUUCUGUGAUGGUUUUGACAGUGUCAUGUUUACUCCAUUAUCCUGAACGAAAAGGUUUAUUUAAACUGACGUUUCUACAUAUUUUAAGACCAUCCUCUAUUCUUAAAUGCUGAAUAAAUUUCUACGAAACGAGA